AUGACGGGCGUGCCUCAGCUGAUAGCAUCGGCGCAGAGGCAGCGAUAUCUUGCGCAUGCUUCCUCUUCUCUCAUAAUCCUCACUGGGCGUUCAGAGCCGAAGGUUCUUCCCGUUAUCGAAGAAAUUCAUGCUCUAAAUCAACCUAUCAUGACACAUUUUAUAUGUGCUGAUCUCGCUUCUCAAAAUUCAGUUAAAGAAGCUGCGGCAUUGAUCGGUGACCUUGUCGAAAAAAUCGAUACCAUGAUCAAUAACAGGGGUUGA